UGAAGGAACUAGUGAGCAAGAGAGAGAUAAGCGACGGGGUAUAUAUGUCGUCCCUUCACCUUCCCGCCACACUCCACACACAAUACCAGUCAUGACAAGAUUACGAAUUUGUUUAGUGUUGUGGUUACCCGCGCUCCUCGCUACCUAUGUCUCCUCAGAGAUGAUGGUGUGCUACUUCUCCUCGUGGGCGGUAUACCGGCCUGGCAACGGGAGGUUCGACGUGGAUGACAUAGACCCCAACCUCUGUACCCACCUCAUCUUUGGCUUCGCCGGCCUCAGCAACCUUACCUGGGAGAUUGAGGUCUUGGACCCGUGGAACGAGCUAUGUCCUCCAGAGCCUGGCAAUAACUGUGCCUAUGACCGCUUCGUCGCCCUCAAGGAACAAAACCCUAGUUUGAUUACCCUGCUGGCCGUUGGCGGCUGGAAUGAGGGCUCUUCAGACUUUUCUGAGAUGGCCAGGGACCCGGCCAAGAGAAGGACCUUCAUCGACAGCUCCGUCAGUCUCGUGCUUGAGCACAACUUCGACGGCCUCGACGUCGACUGGGAAUACCCGACCACCCGAGGUGGUGCUCCGGACGACAAGGAGAACUUUGUGACGCUGUUGACGGAGUUCCGAAGCGUGUUCAGCCAGUUCACACCGCCGCUGCUGCUGUCGGCUGCGUUGUCGCCCGGCAAGCCCACCAUCGACGCCUCCUACGACGUGCCAGCCCUGGCCCAGGCCUUGGACUUCAUGAACGUGAUGGGCUACGACUAUCACGGCGCUUGGGACAACUUCACCCACCACAACGCCCCUAUUUGUGGCUACUACCUCGACUGGGGCGAGUAUAUCGACUUUAAUGUGGAAUUUACUGUGGACUACUACCUGUCACUGGGCCUUCCUCGGGAGAAGAUGGUGCUGGGGAUCCCCGCUUACGGCAGGUGCUGGACUCUGGAUGACAUCAGUCAACACGGUAUACUGGCUCCAGCUCACAAACCCGGCAAAGCUGGACCUUACAUUCGCAUCCCUGGCAGCUUGGGAGCUAACGAAAUCUGUGAGCGUCUGUCGGAGGACCAGCGAGGAGACUGUACAGUGGUGCACGACCCGGCGCUCCACGAGCCCUACUUCUACUGCAUCAGCGACAGGAUCUGGUGCGGCUACGACGACGCCGACUCCGCCUACCUCAAGGCUCGCCUGGCCAAGAACAAGGGUCUGGCUGGGGUGAUGGUGUGGACCAUCGACACCGACGACUUCCACAGCUUCUGCUACAACGAGCCCUUCCACCUCAUCAAGGCUAUGAAGAGGGCGCUCAGCAAGCCGGCUGGUGGAGACGAGUUGGAAUGUGCCGCCGUAACUUCUACUUGGGAAGUAACCACAUCGACUGAGGUAUUUAUCACCACAACUACUGAGCCACCUACCACAACUACUACUACCACCACUACUACUACUGAGCCACCUACCACAACUACUACCACCACUACUACUACUACUGAGCCACCUACCACAACUACUACUGAACCACCUACUACUACUGAACCACCUACCACUACUGAGCCACCUACCACUACUGAACCACCUACCACUACUGAGCCUCCUACCACUACUGAGCCACCUACCACUACUGAGCCACCUACCACUACUGAGCCACCUACCACUACUGAGCCACCUACCACUACUGAGCCACCUACCACUACAACCACUGAUGGUGGCUCAACCACUACUCGUCAUCCGGUAUUUAAGCCCAACUGCACCGGUUUAAGUGAUGGAACUACGUUUUCCCACCCUGACUGCAAUAAGUUCUGGGAGUGCAGGAACGGGAACCCUCUGGUGAUGCUGUGUGCUGGGGGCACGGUGUGGGACCAGUCCCUCCACUCCUGUAACUGGGAGGAGAACGUGGACACCUCCGGCUGUAACUUGUGGACCUGCCAGGUCGACAAUGUCUAUUACCCCGCUGAAGACUGCGAUAAGUACUACUGGUGCUACCAAGGAUCGCCCCAUCUGGAGCAGUGUGCUGCUGGUCUCUUCUGGAACCAGCACAUCCUUCAGUGUGACACUGCCGGCGAUGUUGACACCUCUGCCUGCAACCUCUAGUCGCUCCUCAUCUCCGCCACCAUCUCCACAUCCAUCAACAUCACUAGUUGUUUCACCAGCAGGCAAUGAGAGGAUAUCGUAUUUGUCGAUGUAUGUUAAGUUAUUAACUUUGAUAAAGUAAUUAAGAAAAUAAACUGGGACCAUAAAUGCGAGGAGUUCGAGAUUGGCACGGUUACUGGAGCCUCAUGUAAGGUAGUAAACUCUUCAAAUGGAGCUUCACAAAAGGGAGUUAACUCUUCAAGUGGAUUGGGAUACCACUUGAAGGGAUGCGCAAGGAUCCAAGACGGUAUUGAGAUGCAUGUUUUAAAAGAAUUAUAGUUGAUGAUAGUGUAAAAUAUAUAUAUAUAUAUAUUGUUAAGACUU